UGCUUGCUCCCUCAACCACACUACCCUUUACUUCCACCGUCAACCACCAUAACACCACCGCAACUCACCGGAAAACAUGAAUAUCCGGCAACCCCUAUUCACCGUUUUCAUCUUCAUCCACCUCAUACCCCUAAAUUCUAUCCCUGUACACAAAAAAAACCACGAAAUCACUGGACCCAUCAAAACCCUUGUCGUUUUAGUCAUGGAAAACCGUUCAUUCGAUCACAUGCUCGGUUGGCUCAAGAAAACCCGACCCGACAUCGACGGGCUUACAGGAUCCGAAUACAACCGUGUCAACGCCACCGACGCCACGUCACCCAAAGUCUUCGUCUCCGACGACGCCAUUUUUGUAGACUCCGACCCGGGUCACUCAAUUCAAGCUAUCCGAGAACAAAUAUUCGGAUCCAACGAAACCCGACCCGACCCGGCUCCGAUGUCCGGGUUUGUCCAGCAGGCGAACUCGAUGGGCAUAGACGGGUUGAACCAUACCGUCAUGAGCGGGUUCAAACCCGAGCUGUUACCGAGUUACACCACGUUAGCGAAUGAGUUCGCUGUGUUCGACCGGUGGUUCGCCGCGGUUCCCGGUUCGACCCAACCGAACCGGUUAUAUGUUCACUCGGCUACUUCACACGGAGCUUCAAGUAACGUGCGGAAAGAUCUAAUAAACGGUUAUCCUCAAAAAACUGUUUUUGAUUUGUUGGACGAAAAUGCCCUUACGUUUGGGAUAUAUUACCAAAAUAUCCCUGCCACUUUGUUUUUUAAAAGUUUGAGGAAACUUAAGUUUGCUUUUAAUUUUCAUGAAUAUGAUUUAAAAUUUAAAUAUGAUGCUAAGAGGGGGAAACUACCAAACUAUGUGGUGGUGGAGCAACGGUAUUUUGAUGUGAAGGUUUUUCCGGCUAACGAUGAUCAUCCGUCGCAUGAUGUGGCGAUCGGGCAGGCGUUUGUGAAGGAGGUUUACGAGACGUUGAGGGCGAGUCCACAAUGGGAUGAGAUGGCUUUGUUGAUUACUUAUGAUGAGCAUGGUGGGUUUUAUGAUCAUGUGCCUACGCCUCUUGAUCAUGUUCCGAAUCCGGAUGGGAUUAAUGGUCCUGAACCGUAUUAUUUUCAGUUUGAUCGGUUAGGGGUUCGGGUUCCUACGUUUUUGGUUUCGCCUUGGAUUGAAAAGGGCACAGUGAUCCAUGAACCGAAUGGACCGACACCGUAUUCACAGUUUGAGCAUUCUUCUAUCGCGGCAACUGUAAAGAAACUCUUCAAUUUAGAUUCCGAUUACUUGACCAAGCGCGAUGAGUGGGCUGGCACCUUUGAGAGUUACUUCAACCUUCGUAGUACUCCACGUGAGGAUUGUCCAGAACAACUUCCUGAAAUCAAGGUGUCACUGAGGCCAAGAGGCCCGAAAGAAGAUAUGAAACUCACUGAGUUCCAAGUCGAGUUAAUUCAGCUCGCGUCCCAGCUCAACGGAGAUCAUAUUCUAAACACAUACCCCAAUAUUGGAAAAAAUAUGACAGUUGGUGAAGCCCACCGUUACGCACGAGAUGCCGUCAAAAGGUUUCUGGAGGCCGGAAGAGCUGCCCUAAGAGCUGGAGCUAAUGAAUCUACCAUUGUUACAAUGAGACCCGCUCUCAAUAGUCGAUCUUCGCAACGGUGAUUUCAAAGCUACUAAAAGCUUUGAAACUGUGGGUUGAAUAUAUAGAAAUAUAUACAAGUUUUCUAGUUGCUAACAUCGAAAAUGUGCAGUGAUAGUCAUAGUCCCCUCCGUUGGUUACCGUAAUGUUGCAUUAAGCUACUGGCUUGGAGUGUUUAAUGUCGCGACCCGUUUAAAAUGUAGAUUAAAACUGGAAAUUUGUUUAUAUCGUUUAUGCACAUGAAGACCCGAUAGGAUCGUCUAAAAUACAAUCUUAAGA